GGGAUGCUCCAUCAUAAUUGUUAAUUUAUUUUCUAUUACCUGAUUUUGGGAAAGUUGGAUUUGGCCUUAAUUGAACACUUGUUUGUGUUUUUUCCCCCUAAAUUCCUUAUGAUGUUGCACAGAUUUCAUGCAUAGUUUUGGGAAUUCUUUACCUUUUCCAGUUUUGUUUAUUUUGUCUUGUGGGAUUUUUGUUUAUUUUCUUUUUUCCUCUCAUGAAUGUUUUGUUUCAUGCAAAAAUGGCAGAAAUUUCUGCUUGAGGGAUGAUAUUAUGUUUAGUUAUUUCUAGGCCUAAUUAUUGUGUCUUGAUGUUUGUGCACUUUUUCUCUCUAGUACUAUAUUGCAGAUAUAGCAUGUCCUACCAGCAGUUGGGCGAAUUCAAUUACAUGGCAGAAGAGGGCGAAAUGGCUGAUUUGGUAGACGAAUUAGACCAGGAUAACUAUGGUGGAGAAGGCAAUAUAGAAAUAGAAGCAGAUGAAUAUGACAUGCUUACGAAGGUGACUGAUACAUCUUCUGCUCAAGCUAGGAAGGGCAAAGACAUACAGGGUAUUCCGUGGGAAAGAUUGAACAUAACAAGGGAUAAGUACAGGUUGACAAGGCUUGAACAUUACAAGAAUUAUGAGAAUAUCCCUUUAUCUGGUCAAGCUGUAGAUAAGGAGUGCAAACAAAUGGAGAAGGGCGGCAACUACUAUGAAUUCUUCUACAAUACUAGGCUAGUUAAACCCACAAUUCUUCAUUUUCAGCUCAGGAACUUGGUUUGGGCUACCUCGAAACAUGAUGUUUAUCUCAUGUCUAAUUAUUCAGUCAUGCACUGGUCAUCUUUGUCUCGUAAUUUGUCUGAAGUCAUCAAUUUUGCAGGACAUGUUGCACCUAAUGAGAAACAUGCUGAUAGUUUGCUGGAAGGUUUCACACAAACUCAAAUUAGCACAUUAGCAGUCAAGGAUAACUUUCUUGUUGCUGGGGGUUUCCAAGGAGAGCUUACUUGUAAACGUUUAGAUAAAGAAGGCAUUAGCUUUUGUGCCCGCACCACAUAUGAUGAUAAUGCCAUAACAAAUGCUGUUGAGAUAUAUGACAGUAUAAGGGGUGGAGUUCAUUUUAUGGCGUCUAACAAUGAUUGCAGUGUGAGAGAAUACGACAUGGAGAGGUUUCAGCUUCUGAAUCACUUCCAGUUCUCUUGGCCAGUUAAUCAUACAUCACUAAGCCCUGACCGUAGGCUAAUUGUUGUCGUUGGAGAUCACCAGGAUGGAUUGCUGGUUGAUGCACAUAAUGGAAAGGUUGCAGCCUCAGUUAGAGGUCAUCAGGAUUACUCUUUUGCCUCUGCUUGGCACCCAGAUGGACAUGUUUUUGCCACUGGUAAUCAGGAUAAAACUUGUCGGGUAUGGGAUGUAAGAAACUUGUCCUCACCCAUUGCAAUUCUGAAGGGAAACUUGGGUGCUGUCCGAUCUAUUCGUUUUUCAUCAGAUGGCCAGUUCAUGGCCGUAGCUGAACCUGCAGAUUUUGUUCAUGUAUAUAGUACCAAGGCAGACUACAGGAGGCGACAAGAGAUAGAUUUCUUUGGUGAGAUUUCAGGAGUGGCUUUAAGUCCAGAUGAUGAGUCCUUGUACAUAGGAAUCUGGGACCGCACCUAUGCAAGCUUGCUACAGUAUAACAGAAGGCAUACAUAUGGAUAUCUUGAUUCAUACUUGUGAUGAAUCACAAGUAUUAUGCUGAUGAUUCCGCUUUUCUGUAUCCUGUUUUUUGAACUAGUUGGUGAGUUGAAGUUAAAAGACAAUUACACAAUAGGGUUAUGCGAGAUAUUUUACUUCAAUCGUGUACAGGCUAGUAUUUGAUCUUUACAAUGAAUUCUAUCUUUGCAAGUGCCUGUUUUAUUUCAAUACACCAACUCGUUGGUGGGUGCUGGUAAUUGAUUGCUCCAGUACCUCUAGUCUUUGCUGC